AGCCUUAUCAACAUACAUCCCUCAGCUUGAUUGGGUUACUGCUUGUCGAACCCAUCAAGUACAUUCCACGACACUUUCCUUGAAAGAUGGAUCCAAAUAGUGAGCCGGCGACAACCCGUCGCUCAGGGCGUGCCCGCAAGCCAAACACAAGAUAUGCGGAACUCAGCUCUGACGACGAACUCAAUUCGUCUGCCGGUGUGAAGGCCAGCCGGAAGAGGGCGUCACUCGAUUCGAAGGCCUCAGCAAAGCUGGAAGAGUCAGCCGAUCCCGAGCGAUUAUCGAUGCUCAAGGAGUCGCCCGCUUCAGAGGAGCCAACGACAGCUGUUCGACCCCGACGAAGUGCCAAGCGCAAGGCAGCCCCUGAAGUCUUUGACGUGCCCAUGGACGUCCUGGAGGCUUCGCUAGGACCGUGGCAAGAAAAUGAGCUGGCAGAAUGGCCAAGCUGGACGGACGUAGAGUCUGACCCAGUCUUCUUCAACCGUAUUCUCAGACUACUCGGCAUACGGGAGGCAAAAGUGAGGGAGGUAUUGUCUGUUGACGAGGAAUCGCUCCUCCUUCUCCCGGAACCUCUGUAUGGCCUAGUGUUCCUAUUCCAGGUCAUGGAAGAGGAGGAGGAAGAUCUGGAGCCAGAUGAGGAGUUUGGGUUAUGGUUCGCCAACCAGACGACCAACAACGCGUGUGCGACAGUCGCUUUAUUCAACAUCAUCAUGAACGCCCAAGACCUUCCACUGGACAUAAAUCUAUCCAAAUUCAAGGAGGAAUCUGGACCGCUAUCUCCGCCAUUGCGUGGUCACCUGCUCAGUAACAGUUCGUGGAUCAGGGUAGCUCAUAAUCAUUUCGCAAGGCGUCUGGACCUUCUCAAUGCAGCCUUGGCCCUCGAGAACAAGGUUGAGGACAGCAAAAAAAAGCGGGCUAGAACCACAGCGCGCCGCAAGAAGGAGCAGGAGAUGGAGGAUGCCUACCACUUUGUUGCAUAUGUGCCAAACCACGGGGACCGUAGCGUGUGGGAACUCGAUGGGCUGAAGUUUAACCCCCGCUACGUCGGCAAAUUUGAGAAAGGGGCGCACUGGACGAGUGUAGCGCAACCUGUCAUCCAAGAAAAGAUGAUGGAGUACGAGGCCGAUCAGUUGGCGUUUAGCCUUCUCGCUCUUUGCGGAGACCGUCGGGCCGCACUGCGGCGUCAACUCGCUGUCAACAUCCAUUGCACGGAAUUGCUCAAUGAUGCAUUCCGAAGCGAAUCGGCCUGGUUCGAGGAAGGCAAUGACUCGUCUUCGUUCAAGGACCAUAUCAGCAACUUCAACGAUCAGAGUAAGCUGGACGAAUUCCAGCUCAGUACUGACGAAGCUAAACUCAUGAUCAAAAAUUCAGCAGAAGCUCGUCGGUUGCAAGAUGAUAUACAAACGGGUGGGAUGGAGAUGGCUGAAGCGUUGCUUCUUAGAACAGAGCUCCGCCAGAAGCAGGAGCAAAUUCGGGCGGAGUACUACACAGAAGUCGCGUCUGGGCCGGAGGGUGACGAGGACGGCGAUGCUCAGAAUGAAGACCCUGGUCGAAGAAAAGACCACACGCCAGCAAUUCAUGAAUGGGUGACGAAGCUUGCCGAGCGUGGUGUGCUGAGGGAGCUACACGAACAGGUGAAAUCGCGAAACGGUUCAUAGACAUCCAUCCCUUCGUGGACUGGCCGUCAACUGGGAAGGUACUUGGGGUUGUUUCUGCAGUACAGUCAUUUCCCAGGGGUGCGUAGUGUAGAGCGACGAACUGUUUUGAUGUUAGGGGGAAAGGACUUUGUCACGGCUCAAAGAUCGGAAUGUGGGUUUCGAUUUUGGACAAAGCCGGGUAGUAACCAAGCAGCACAUUCACACAAAGGUUAAUAAGAUAAACUGAAAGUGAAACAAG